UAAAAAUAAAAAUAGCCAUUUGUUAUUUGUAUAAAACUCGAGCAGACAGUUCAUUUUCAAUUUUAUACCGCGAAAAAAGCAGAGUAAAAAAGAAUUAUAUAGAAUUAAUGAUGUUUGGAUGGAAUUCACAAAACUUGUUGAUAUUAUAAAUCAAUGUGAAACUGAACGUUACGAAAUCUGGAUAAUGAAAGAUAUAGUUAUAUAUACUCCUUUAACUUGCAUUUACUGCAUGCUUCUAAUGGUGUCUGCAAAACCUUCAAAUCCUGUCCGGAUUAAAAAUGGCGGAGAAAUCGGAAUAUCAACAAUCUCCCUACUACAAUAUGAAGGAAAUUGUCGAAGGAUUACAGUAAAACGCCAUUUUGGAAAUAAAGAACGGUCCUGCUCUACAUUGAAACGAGUAAAAGUUGGUGUAUGCGUUGGUACAUGUAUUUUACCACAGAGCGUGUUGAAUCAGUACCCAAACAUAAACUAUAAAAAUUUGACAAAUAUUAUAGACGAUUACAAGCGUAACACCGAUUGUGUAGAAGUCUUAGUAAAGCAUAAAAAAAUUGAAGUUUAUUGUUCUGAUGAUAAUACAAUAACAGAAUAUAAAGUUAAAAAUGUAAAAUCUUGUAUGUGUAAAAACAAACUUAUCGAUAUGAGUACGACGCUAAAGACAUUCACUAGUAUUAAAUGAGACAAUAAUGAAAUUGUUGUAGUUUACAGGCGAUAUAUAAAAAGUUAAGAUGGCGCUCGGAGAACUGCUCCGUCGGUGAGCAAAAAAAAGAUGACUGCUGAGCAAGAAUAACCUCAACUAAGCUGGUGUCAAUGAGACAGAAUUGUUACGUGACCAUUCUUAAAAUCAAACUCAAAGCAACUUUAAAACGACAAAGAAAUUUUUACUUAGAAAUUCUUCUAUUUAUUUAUAUAUUUUACAUUAAAAACAGACGGCAUGUUGUAGACGACAGGUACACUAUAAAAAUACGAUAAACGAUAGUGGUACACAAUAAAGUAGAUUAUAAUGUGUCAACAUUAUAUAUUCGAAACAAAUUAAAGUUCAAGUGAAAGAAAUCAAUAAUACUGUUUUUAAGUAUUAAUUUUAUAAUAUUUUUAAACAGGACUUAAAAUAUUUAUUAACUUAA